AUGGAUUCACCACCAACAUACUGGCAAUCCGAGCUCCACAACCCAAUCUACGAAGCCGAAACCACCAUCCUCUUCGACCAAGUCCGCAGCCGCUUCCGCGAAGGCAUCUGCACGCUCGAAAACCUCCCCCGGUUCAUGGAACUCCGAAGCCCCGCCGACUGCAAAGAACACACUAAGGGCAUCGACAAUCUCCUCGAGAGCAUGGUCGCUCUGGCGCGAUGGCUGGUGGGCUUUUCGGAUCGGGCCACGGCUUGUCAGCAGAAUUCUUUGUGGACUCGCGCGGCUGUUACGGGGUUGAGGGUUGAGUUGCAUAAGUACUCGUGGGAAGUUAUGCGGAUUUCGAUGAUGUUGAGGCGGUCUUCGUGA